UAGAUGAUUAUUAGUAUAGGAAAAUACAUUAACAACCAAAGACCUAGAUCCUUCAUUUUUAGUGUGUUCAACUAAAUAUGUAUAUAACUUGAAUACAAGUGUAAUAUCUAAUCGAAUUCCUAUUAAUCAUCAUAAUAAUCAUCCGUAGUAAUUGCUGAUAAGAUUUGCGAUACGUAGCGUUAAUAGUUGUUGAGCUCCUAAGUAAACGCGAGCAUUUUUUUGUUCUUUUUUGGUGUAAACAAAUAUGGGCAUCGGACAAUCGUAUCCCGGUUUAACAGAAGAUGUCUUAGAAGAUUAUACGACUUUAACAUAUUUAAAUAAAGGUGAAAUUCUAUAUUUAAUGAAAAAGUUCUAUUCUAUAGAUCCAGAUAAAAUUCGGGAUAAUUAUCAUCACAGAUUUGAAAAGGACGUUAUUAUCAAGAAGUUUGAUGUUUUACAGAAUAACCCGUUCCAGGACCGCAUUUUUCAUGUAUUCUCAUCUAAAAACGACGAUUGUUUCUCGUUUGAAGAUUUGUUAGACCUGUGCUCGGCGAUGAGUGCCGAGUGCCCUACAGAGGUAAAAGCGGCCUGGGCGUUUAGAAUAUUUGAUCUAGAUGACGAUGGUCAAAUAUCAACGGGGGAUAUAAGUGAAAUUCUUGAUCGUUUAACGGGGUGCUCGAAGGACCAUUUUUACCGACUCGAUAAUGAAUCAAAAACGAAGAUUGCUCAAGUUAUACUUGACGAAAUCAAGCUGGACAAUACAGGCGGUAUAGGUUUGAACGAGUUCAAAAUCAUCAUGUCGCGAAUCCCUGAAUUUCACUCAACUUUUUACUUCAGAGUAUAAACGUAUCUUAUGUAUGUUUUUGUAUUAUCUUUCUUAACUUUUUAUCUUAUAAAAGUGUGAUAUCUUUCUAAAACAUAUGUAAGUUUGUAUAAAGAAAAUG